AUGUUGACAUUCAAGGGGAUGUUGCUGAUUUUAUCAGCUCUUCUAACUACGACCCCUUUCCUGCUCUUGCUGUGGCUCUUUAUUGUCUACUUUCGAGACGAGAAAGGCUUUCGCAAAUAUCCAACGCAGAACUGGGCAUCCGGUCUGACCCCUCUGGCGUACGGAUGGGAAUGUGGACGCCCCCAUCGGGAUAUUCAUAGCAAGCGGCUACACGAGGCUCUGCAAAAGCAUUCUGUGAUACGCAUCGCCCCAAAUUGGUUGGCUUUUGGUCGCUCUCAAGCGGCGAGGGACAUCUAUGGCUAUACCUCUAAAUGUGUCAAGGCCGCCCCGUACGACCUGCUCUCCGACGGAGGGGCCAACCUAAACAACAUCAGCGACAAAUCUUUUCACUCAUCACGUCGCCGUAUGGUGGCGUCAUCUUACGCACCGAAGAACAUUCAAGAAUGGGAGCCCAAGGUCGCCGCAUCUGUCGCAGACUUGAUGGCACAAAUGGAUGCACGGUGCACAGGACGCCAGGGACCUGAAUCCUUCGAUGCCGUCCACUGGAUCUUUCUCUUCUCUGUGGAGACUGUCAUCAAGAUCAUGCUGAGCAAGGAUGUAUUCUUUCUCCGCAAUGGAACCGAUCACGUUUACUUCGAAGACGCAGAGGGGCGGCCGCAAGCGGUGCGGACCGUUUAUAACAGUCAUGCUUCACAGCGCGCUGCUGUCACGGUCAUUUGGGAUAUACCCAGGUUUGCUCUCUGGACUCGACUGACCAAACUGAUCUCAAAGCGCUAUUCGCAUAAUUGGUCGGCCGGCCCCAAGUUCCACGCUGCCAUGGAGGCACUCACAAAAGAGCGGAUGGAGCGGCAUGCCAAUGGAGAAGUUUUGAAUGACCUGUUUCAGCCCAUGAUGGAGGACAAGUAUGGGGAAGCAUCUGUUAUAACUUUCAAGGACCGCAUUGCAGAAGUUGAGCAAGCUGUUGGAGCUGGGACCGAUGGUCCGGCUGUCUCGAUCUCCAUGACCUUGUAUUACUUGGUCCGAAACCCCCAUGCCUUUGCCAAACUUCGACAAGAGCUAGACAUCACGUUAUCCCCGGAGGACCACGUUGCACCAUGGCAAAAGGUGAAGGGUCUACCAUACCUGCGGGCUUGCAUUGACGAGGCAAUGCGCCUGACGCCCCCAGUCGCGACCGAGUUGAUACGUCGAACGCCGCCCGGCCACGGUGUUAUGAUCGACGGCUACCUUGUUCCCCCGAAUACCAACGUCUCCAUCGCUGCCUACACAUCUCACCGCGAUCCGCAAAUUUUCCCAGAGCCCGAAACCUACGAUCCAGAUCGAUGGAUGGCCAAAGGGUCUGAUAGUCUACGCAAUAUGCUGGGUGUGUUUAUUCCGUUCAGUGCCGGCACACGGGGCUGCAUCGGCCGCAAUGUUUCCAUCAUGAUGCAAUCGGUAUGCGUCGCAACGCUGGUAUAUCAUUACGACUUUGCCCUGCCGCACAAAACUUGGGAAAUGGAAUUUGAGGAAUGGUUCAACCUUUGGCCGAUAAGACUCCCUUUGAGAGUUUGGCGGCGAGACUCGGCCUCCUUCCCUCAAACUUCUGUCAUGCGGACCUAA